CGCUGCGUACACAUUGAUGCAAAUCCUGGCUUAAUUAUGCAAGAAAGAAGCGCCCUGUAUCGAUGUUUUGCAGUGGCAGCGCUUGCGGUAGCCGCACGGAAUGCCAUCACCUCCUGGCAGCACAAUGCAUGGACAGUGGUUUCAAGGCCGCCAACCGGUGCGACACGCGGUGCAGCGCUGGUCUUCUACCCAUAUGAUUCUGCGGACCACAAUGGUGCGUACAAAUUAGAUGGCCACGCAAGGCAGCGCGCCCUGGAGUUAGCCGCGACGGUAGUACGCGUGGGACGCGUCGGCGCUGCCAAGCGCUGGCUAGCACACGCAUCGCCGAAUUCGCUCCGACACGUCUCCUUGGGUGGGCACGGCAAUUCCACUCGAAUAAUGUGGGGCGACGGCAGGUGCCACGAGAGCGAUCGGACAUGUGGCCUCUGGCCCGACAAUAAAGGCUUCCUGGCGUUAUUGAGUUCGCGCCUCACGGAGCGCGCGGUCGUCGUCCUCGAGAGCUGUUAUGCCUUGUCGAUGGCACCUGCCAUCGCGGCAUCAUUACGACUUGGCGCGCGGGUCUUCGCCACCGACGCGUGCUACAACCAGGAGCAUCUCAAGUACGUGCUCGACGCGAGCGGUGAUUUGGUGCCGAUGCUCCUAGACCCAUGGCAUGCGUCUACUAGGAUGCAUGUGCUCGUAGCACCCGAGUGCCAUGAUAUGCCAUGGAUCGCGCCGGAGUGGCUCCGGACGCUCGGCGUCACCGGGUGCGCGGACGUGACGAUGGACGUAUGCCUGUCGGACGAUGCCGACGGGGAAGUCCUCGACCACAAGGGCCAGGGUCCGGCGAGCGCAUGCUGUCGAUGCGGCGCGGGGUGGACACGAUCAUCAUGGUCAAAGCACGUAUGGUCCGAGUCUUGAAGGAAGCUACUGAUGUUGUUGAGUCGCAGUG